UGCAGCGUGGUACCGCUUACCCUAUAUCAAAGGAUGUGCUCUGUGUCUGCACCCGUUAACAGAGCCAGCACGAGAAGGCAUUCGUGGAGUCCCAGACGGCGUCGCUUAAGCGGGUCGUGCGCUCGUCGACCAAGCAGGCGAGCUGCAUACCGCGCUUCUACUACCCGGCCGGCAAACCCAUGACGCCCGCGCAGCUGGACGCCCACCUGCUCAAGGUCAAGGCGGCCUUCGCCAGCCUCAGGGAUGGACGGGCCACCAGGACGAACUUCAGCGCCAUCAUCCGGGCGUGUGGUGUGCCUCUCUACUGGAAGAUGCCGCUGUUCGCAGCCAGCGGGGGAGAAACCCGCAGUUACGUCACCAGUGACGUGUUCAUAGAUUUCUGGAAGAGGAUAGUGUCUACUGGUCGCGACGAACCAACGUGGUUCGUCAAGAUCCUCAGCAAAGCCACGAGGAACUACCUGGUGCCCGAGGACUUCAUUCCCAUGAUGCAGGACGUGAUAGACACCCAUCCGGGACUUACGUUUCUUAAAGAAGCCGUGGAGUUCCACUCGAGGUAUAUUAAUACGGUAAUCGCUAGGAUAUUCUACUGUGUAAAUAGGUCGUGGAGUGGCAGGAUCACCAUACCCGAACUCAGGAAAAGUAACUUCUUACAGGUACUGUCCCUACUAGAGGAAGAGGAGGACAUCAACCAGAUCACUGAGUACUUCUCGUACGAGCAUUUCUACGUCAUCUACUGCAAGUUCUGGGAGCUAGACAAGGACCACGACCUGUACAUCGAUCGGUACGACCUGUCCAGGCACAAUGAAGGAGCUAUCUCUAUGCGGAUGAUCGACAGGAUCUUCUCCGGCGCCGUUACGCGGGGUCCGGUUCAGAAGGAAGGAAAAAUGAGCUACAGCGAGUUCGUCUGGUUCAUCAUUUCCGAAGAAGACAAGCGGCAUCCUAGGAGCAUCGAGUACUGGUUCCGGUGCAUGGACAUUGACGGUGACGGGUACUUGUCGAUGUACGAGCUGGAGUACUUCUACGAGGAGCAGCUCACACGCAUGGAAGCGCUGGGCAUCGAAACUCUGCCAUUCAGUGACUGUCUUUGUCAGAUGCUGGACAUGGUUCAGCCUAAGCAAAAGGGCAAGGUGUCGCUGGCCGACCUGAAGAGGUGCAAGAUGACGCCCAUUUUCUUCGACACGUUCUUCAACCUCGAGAAGUACCUCGACCACGAGCAGCGAGACCCCUUCGCCUCGAGGGACCACGACGGAGACGGAAUGGAGAUCUCUGACUGGGACCGGUACGCUGCCGACGAGUACGAGCUUCUGGUGGCCGAAGAAGGGAACUUCGAAAACCACGAGCUCUUGUACAGUGACUAUGACCCGGACGACGACGACCUGUCCCCGAACCUGGAGAAGCUCGCGGCACCGUUGCGCUGCCGGACGGCACGCACGGCACGUCUGGACGACGACGAGUACGACUACGCGGAGUCGGACACUGACUACCACUACUGAGGCUAUGCAUAUACUCCAACCGACAGAGUGACUUACGAGUAAAAACAGCGUCGACUAGUGCCGUUCACGCGGACUGCAUCGUCUAUGAGUGAACUACGGUGUGACUCAUGCGUGUGCCGUCCAACGGACCAGACAGUUUGGACGCGGACUCUUACACGUGCCUCACACCGUGUGAUUCAAACGCUUCAACGGCGGGGCUGUUUGUACUUCGCCGGCGUUAUGCAGGAAAAGUAUGCACAAAGUCGCUAUAUGUGGUUGUCGCGCCGCCACACAAGUCGCGGCUGCGGCAUGUGCACACCACUUUCCGGACGACCAGAAAUGCUAAGAAACGCAAAUCAUUGACCACAAGCCACGCGGAAGCACGUCUGUGCUUUUGUGCGAACCCUGUGAGAUCUUAAUCGUGACCAGGAAUUCGCGAAACACCUCGGAAGAGAUGUCGAAGCUUAGCAAGAAGUCCAGCGUCCUCUGUUCGCACUCGUCCUCUAUGCACGCUCUCCGCUGGAGGUCCUUUUUCCUACAUCCGUCCAAGUUAACAGUUUUGUGGAACGCCGAAGUGAAGCCACAGGAAGAGUUGAAAACCUCGUGCUUGUCCACUGCUAGAUCGCCCUGUUUGUGAACUUCAAAGCGAGCGAAGAACAAUAUACGCUGCCAAAGAUUACCAUCCCAUCCAGAAAGUAGCUGAGGGCCUUUGCCCGCAACGUGUGCCCAGAGUGCCGAGGACACAUUACAUACCCUUUUUUGUGAUGACACGUGCCUUGACCUGUUUUUUUCUUCAUCGAUUAAGGCCUGGCGCCGAUUUCUACAUAAAGCACAGUGCUUGUUGCUACGGGAUGCGCCUUCUUUUCUACGUGAAUGCUUUUUUUUCUUUCCCUUUUUUUUUGCUAGUGUGCGGAUGGACACAGAUUGAGCACACCGCACCGAUGAUCUUGUUGUCAGAUCCGUCAUCCCGACUGACUGUGGCCACAGUGCAUCGAUCUACCAGUGUCACACAGAGAUCGCUUAUAACCGUGGGAAAAGCUGCAACGUCCAUUAGCUCCUUGGUGCUUCAAAACAUGACGUCAAGUCCACAGCUUGCGGCUGCUGUGCUUGUGGUGCGUUGAGAUUUUAGUGCUAAGCGUGAUGAUUGUGUGUACACCGAUAGAGGGUCACUAGAUGUUCUGCGUCCUGGUAGAUGCUUUGAACCUCUGACGUGAGCGAAAUGACAAGCCGGAACGCAGUGCACCAUCUAACCAAGGCUUAUGGUUUCAUACGAACGAUCCUUGUGUAAUAUUUUUGUCAUUACAAAGACAGAUGGAUUAUUACUGUGAAUCUGCGAGUCACGUGGGCGUCGUCGCUACUGAGCCCCGCUAUCUGAUUAGCAUGCCCCUCUAUCUGAUAAGCGGCUCGGAACCGCUGAUUACGUAUUGGGGUCGCUGUAGAUAACGCUUGUCUUUUAUUGUUGUGUCACACUGGUGAGUGCUUUUGUGAUGCGUCGUCGCGCAGUUCUUAGUUUUCGUUGUUUGUUUGAGAUUUAUUGCAGGAAAUGUCUUGUUCUGUAGUUUGCCGAUAAGCCGUUCAGUCUCCUUAUCUCAGUUCCAUCUCUUUUUCUCUCUUGUCAUCGGCGAAGUCGCGCUAUUUUGGGGUGUGAAAAGCGUGAGCUAUGUGUCGGAUACAUUUCUUAUAUUCCCCUUGUUUCAGGGGACACUCAACGGAGUGAACAAAGUGGUUACUCUGGUAAUAUAUUUCAACUAUAUUUAUUGUUAUUGUUAUGGCAAAUCUAUGAAAGGUUGUGCAAAUAUAUUAAAUAUGCAUGGAGUUGGAAA